CCUUAAACUUUUUAUUGAAAAAUAGUUUCUCAUAAUUUUUUUUGGAAAAUUUCAAUUUUAAGUACUAUUUUAAAUCAUUUCUCUUCCACGAGAUUUUUAAAAUCUACCUUAUAUAAAUAAUCCUCCUAAUAACCCUAAAUCUCAGAACUAAAUAUUUAUGAACAUUAUUUCCUAUCAGUGAAUAUCAACGAAUGCGAAGAUGCCCCGGGCUAUUCCAGCAAACGAGGACCCUUUUUCUAUGCUUGAAACUAUGUUUGGUUUUCAGGAAGGUUCACUUCAAAGAGAGCACUUGAAGAGUAUGUUACUUAACAAUAUCCAGCGUCGAAAGUCUCGAAAUGAAAAACCACCCGUUGAACCAUCGCCAUACGAGACUAAUUAUCCCAAGUCCCAAUGUCUCGUGAGAAGCGUCAAGGCUAUUGUGUUCCUCGCACUUCUGGCUCUGGCAAGCCUCGUUAUCAUCAUAACUUUUGAUGUUGUGACAAUCAAAUACAUGUUACUUUGCAUGCUAGCAUUCAUCUCAUUCGGAUGUGUAGUUUUACAUCUUAUUGUACGAGCUUGGAAGCCUUUAAGUCAAUGGUUAGGGCUCUGCCGCUCUGGUCAUGGGGAGGACGCAGGCUUGGGGCUAUGA